AACUGUUCCGAUCAUCUGAUCGAUCUUUCUGACCUGUUGACAAGUGUAACGCCUAAGCAUCGGAAUAUCUGAACAGUGGAAAUUUCAAACGUUAUUGAGUGAGACCGCCGAGGCAGUAGCUAUGGAGAAAAUACCAUCUCCCCUCCAAACCGGCGCGCCUGCGUCUCUCAGAAGACUCUCAACCGACUCGGUUCCAUCUUCCCUUCGUGUGGGUUCUCCAGCCGUCGAACGCGGAUCUACGCCAUGGGAUGAUCGACCACCUCUUACGCGCAAGAAUACGUCUGGCAGAUCCGAUAGACUCUCGCAACUCUUCCCGUCUCGACCGUCUUCAAUCGCUUCACCCAGUCCACCAAGCAGUACUACCGCCUCGAGACGCACGUCUUAUCCUUCACCUCUUGUACCGGCUGCGGAGUCUCCAUACCGAGUACCACAUGCUCCGGCACCCCCCUCAUUCGCCCAGGACACCUCGUACAAAACAUCGCCCUUUGUUCAGCAUGACACGUCUCAGUCAUUACUGAGUAGUAGUGGGUCGAAGCGGCUCCUGGAUCGGCUCGUAUCUUUGCGGGGCACAAGGACUAAGGGCGCGGACUACUUCAAACUAGAAGAUGAGGAGUCGGGACCCAGUAGAGGUCAUUUGAAGGGUGUCAAAGAAGUGGAUGAACCGGUGGGAUUUGAUCUUAGUGGCCUGAGUGGCAUGUCUAUGAGGAAGUAUAAGCCGCGGAAAGGUGUAACCCAUACAGCUGACGCCAUAGAUCGCCAGCGCGAUCUGAACGAGGCUGGCUACGCUGCCGAGUUUGAAAGACUCGAGGCACAACUGGGAGCUGGUAUGAGCUCCAUCGUCGAGAGGCCUUUCACGCACGAAUCUGGUCAGCCCGAACAGGCUCUCGGCGAUGAUCAUCAGCGAAUGUUAUCAAACUCAGAGAUUGUGAGCGCUCAAAAGAAGGAUGCACAAAAAGAAGCCGAGAAGACCAGCAAGAUUGUUGCUGUGGCUGAAGUACCUAUUGAUAUUAGUGAAAGCUUUGCAGGCGGCGACUUCGAGGCAAGAAGCAUGAUGACAGCCCAUAGUGGGCGGGACGGAGACGAUGCGCAGACCAGCUACUACUUCCCGCCAGACCCUGAACAGCCGUCAUGGCGACCCUUCACUAUGGCCUGGUAUUGGAUACUCAUGCUUACCAUUCUUGCUAUUGCGUUAGCUGUAUUGCAAGAAUUCUUGUGCCAGCUGUCCAUGCGCCGAGUCCGAGACAAUCUCAACGGUGGAUUAACAAAACCAUUCAAGGCAACUGGGGAGCUAUCCGUCCUUGUCUUCUUUACCUGGAAGUACGCGCCCAUCAUGUCGCUCGUCUUCUAUGGAAUUCUGUGGCAAAUGACGGAUUUUGAGGUCAAGCGACUGGAGCCGUUCUAUCAGCUAUCCAAAAAGACUGGUGCUACGGCAGGUGAAUCGCUCAACAUGGACUACUUGACGUUCAUGAGUUGGUUGGUACCACUAAGAGCUCUGCGACACAGGCAGUACGCUGUCAUCUAUAGCUCUCUGGGUACAUUGAUUGCGAGCAGUCUCGUUCCUGUUCUGCAAUCUGCGUCAAUCAUCAUGUACCCACCUAAAAGCCAUCGCAAACCCGACGACUGGAAGUCUGUUCGCGUUGAUCCCCCUUGGUCUAGGGCUGUCUCAGCUUGUCUCCUUGUGGUUGCUUUUCUAGGACUCCUACUAAUGUACGCGAUGCGACGGAACAGUGGUCUUCAGUCGAAUCCUAUGGGAAUAGCCGGAGUUGCGGCUAUGGCUACUAAGAGUCACAUUCUUACAGACUUUUAUGGACUCGACACAGCGCCUCUAGACAAAAUCCACAAACAACUGAAGAAUCGUCGGUAUAUCCUGCAUAAGAGCUCGCUGUGGCAAGGAGAAUACAUCCGCAACAACAAAGAGAAGAUCCACGAGCAUGGCUCUGAUCCUCGACCCAUGAUGCUACGUUUGCGAUCCGGGGUACCGUUCAUCGCAUACAUGGCCCUUUGUGCUCUCACUAUCCCCAUCUUCAUGUUCGUCAGAGGAGCAGAUAUCAUCACGGAGAAAGUGCCUAUCCUCAUGACCAGCCUCGCAACUAUAGUAAAACUUCUCUGGAACACAAUGAAUUGCGAUAUCCGUAUGCUCCAGCCAUUCUACAUCCUUGCGCAACGCCGCGCUCCCGCGAAGACGCUGACCCUGGACUACUCUGGUACAAACCCCUUGUACCUGCCUUUGAAAGCGCUCCUCAAUAGACACUAUCUUGUCGCGCUCGUGGCCUUUGGAAGUCUUUUAGCUGAGAUGCUGACGGUGUGUGUAUCGUCAGCAUCUAGCGUUGACGGAAAGAUAUUUGUCCCUGGUCAUAAAUUCGAUACCCCUGACAACGACAACGACGACAACGACGACGAUGCUGAUGACCCAAACAAGUCUAACAACCGUCAAAACACUGACCAAACAUUCCGCUCCUUUUGGUCGUCCUUCUUCCUCACAAUGUGCAUCCUCGUCUACCUCAUCAUCGUCGCAUGUAUAGUCUACAAACGCCGCGCGCACAAAUUCAUACCCCGCCAAAUCGGCACUAUGGCGUCUGUUCUAGCCUUCAUCCACCAGAGCAAUAUGCUAGUCAAUUUCGUAGACACAGAGAAGUUUAGUUCGAGAGAAAUGACGCAGCAUCUGAGUAAAGGAGGCAAGACGUAUGCACUGGGUUGGUUCCAAGGCAGAGACGGGGAUGACCAUAUGGGUAUUGAUGAGGAGCCCAUUCUGGCGAGGUAUCGUUAUGGAGUUGAUCGGACCAAGACGAGGAUGCUGGGACAUCAGAUUGGGACGUGGGAGAACUAUUAGAGGACGGACCCCUCCUGCGAAGGAAAUGUAGAUAGGUGGUAUGUUGUUUAGCAGAACGAUCCCAUCCAUAUUGAAGGACUGGAUGGCAUGAUUAUUAUCUUUGAAUGUUCAAAACAAUUCCUUCGUAAUU